CUCGUUACCCUUGAAAACGACCAUAAACAAUAAUGGCGGUGAACAUGAUUUGGUGCAUAUUUUUCUGUUUGCCAUUCGUUUUUGGUCUGGAAGAAAAUGAAUAUUUUCAGUUAGUAACUAAAGAUGACUGUACCACAGAAACACAACCAGGAGGACAACAAUUUAAACAAUACUUUAACACAGAGAAGAUGAAAUGCGAGACCUGUUCGCAAAACACAUCAUUCCAAGACGUUAGCUCUGACGGUUAUUCUUGUGUAUGCAGACCAGGCUAUCGAUAUUCAAAGGAUUUUGGAGGGUCUAACAUUGAGUGUGUUGUGUGUGAAUCACAAAAGGCCAGAUCAGCUGAUGGCUGGAGGUGUGUUACCUGUAAUUCUGGAACAACAUUUAAUAAUCAGACAAAGACGUGCGUGCCCUGCGCAGCCAAUAAUGUUCCAGUGGAGAGGACAGUUAAUGGAGCAUUGGUCACCUCUGGGGGCAGUGAAGCCAGGACCUGCCAGAGAUGUAGUGCCAACACCAGUCUUAAUGUGGAGGGCAACAGAUGUGAAAGAUGCACAAUGCUACUGAAACUGAACCCAAGUGUGAGCAGUUGUAGUUGUGACCCAAAUAAUCUGGCGGGUGGAGUUUGUUUUCCUACAAUCAUUGUCCCCCUCACGAUCAGCACCUUACCUUUGUCUAGUGGAUCAGUGGAAUCAGCAUAUGUGAAGGAACAUGUUCAGGCAGCUUAUUUGAUGUGUAAAGACUUUGUGAACGUAACAGCCUGCCAGAUCCUGAGUAACCUGUGCGUCCUGUCGUGGUACAGGUAUGAUGACUCGCCUGGGACGACCACUACCUGUAACCUGUACAGACAGAUCCUAACGGACACUCAGAAAGACUACAUUCCUUGGCUUUAUUAUUCACAAGAGGGGAACCGGGUUCUGGACGAUGACAAACUGACAACAGAGUACACAUUCUCUCCAGCUUCUCUGCUGGAGUAUCGAGUGGGGAGGUACACUCUGAACGGGACUUACCUGGGAAUAUCACCUGUGACAGGCGGUCUACUACAGCUGUGCUCUGAUACAACCUCGAGACUCAAUGCUGCCUACACAUUUGGAACUUAUUAUGAACAAACUUGUUCCAUUCCUGCCAUAGAACUAUGGGACACCAAGACUUAUCAGAUGGAAUUCUAUGAUUUGUAUAUUGAGUUUACAAGAUUUGGAGAACAACAGUUGUAUUCAGCCCCGGUGAAGAUCAACAAUCUUGAGGUUAACAGAGGGGAUACUGACAAUAGAGGCACAGACUCGCAGAAAUGGACUCUGAGUCGCAGAUUUUUCAUGGUGGAUAACGUGGUUUCCACAGGAACAGAUACAACUGGAGGUGCAGCAACAUCCACCCUGCCUCAGUACGUGAGAUAUGCCAAGGACAUUGAGAUCUCUGUCACACUGGAUAGUACUUUGGGAAAUGGACGUAUCUUUCCUCCCUUGAUGACUAUCACCUAUGACCAAGUAUCACUGGCGAAUGCACAGGCCGGGGCCACCAUUACUCCCACCUUCAAAGUAAAAUACAGCAUGUCAUUAGUUGCUUACCUAAAGGACUUCCAGAUUGCUGUGGGAACACUUUCUACUCUUGGUGUAAUUUUCGCUGGAUAUAAAACAUGGGCGUGGUCCAAGAGAGCUGGACGAUUGGCCAUUGACUUUGCAGCCAUUGUCAAUUUUAUAUUUUUCGUCAGUGGAGUUUUAUCCAAUGUUUUCUUUGUCAUCACCUUUGGAAUAGCUUUCUACUUUUUCAUCUUUUACAAGAGACAGAGUGUUGUGUAUCUCUUCUUGUUGGAGGGGAGCUACUAUGAGGAAUGGCUGGGUCUCUUUGGGUCAGCCUUUGCACUUAAAUGUCUACAAGUGGCUCACAUGGUGGCAACACAAUGCACAGUUGAUAUUUUUUUUAUCGAUUGGGAAAAACCAAAGGGCACACUCGGUAUCAAAGCGGAUGGCAGCAAGAAAGAGAACCCAGUAUCCAUUUGGAGGACAUACUUUGCAGCCAAUGAGUGGAAUGAGAUUCAAACGUGUAGAAAAAUCAACCAUAUAUUCCAGAUCUUUGCUGUAGUUUUCUUCCUGAAUUAUGUAGGUUUUGAAAACACUGCAACUAAAGACCCGAAUGGCCAAGUGGUGAAGAGUUCUGGUGACUACCAGGCUCCCUCUGACCCGAUGUUUAGAUAUGCUAUAGCGGCGUUGGUGUAUCUACUUGUUGCGUUUGUACAGUGGUUAUUUUUCACACUGUUCUACGAGCGGUUCUUUGAGGACAAGGUUCGGGACUUUGUGGAUCUGUGCUCUAUGGCCAACAUAAGUGUUUUUAUCAUGCACCAAGCUCAGUACGGCUACUACAUCCAUGGCCGCUCCGUGUAUGGCAAGGCAGACACAAACAUGAAGGAAAUGUUUGAAAUGAUGAAGAAAGAGGAGAAAGACCUUGUGGGCCAAAGAGGGCUUCUUCCAAAUACAGAGCAGCAGACAUUUGUAAUGACACUUCCAAGGAAACUUCGUCUGAAGUAUGAGGAAGUUCUCUUGGCUGUAGCACUAGAGAGUGCUGCAGGGCCUCAAGCAGGGAAAGAGAAAGGUGGACUCACUGAAAAACAAGUGGAGGCCUACAAUAUCAUCAAUAAAUUCCUGUCCACCUUUAUUGAUCAUUCCCUGAAGAGUCUGGACUACCAGAUUCGAGACAAGACACUGUUGGAGAGCAUCAUGGACACCGAGUUUCUGGAUGCUUCAGAAAAAGGAUAUUUUUACAAUGAUAAUGGACACUCGUUUGACCAGUGCCUGUUCUAUGGGAAUGAGAUGACUCUCCUCCUCUUUGACACACUACUAUUCUGUAUCGUAGAUCUCAUCGCCAAAAAUUUUGUGUUGGCAGGAAUCAUCACAUAUAUAAUAAUAGAGAUUGUUGCAUUAAUACGAGAUCAUGGAGGAAGGAAGAAUUUGGCUAAGAAAACACUAGUGGAUGAACGGUUCCUGAUAUAGUGCUACAUGUUGCAAUCUCAGCUAUGUUUGGGAUACAUUCAUGUAUACAGCGAAACCAAUCAUGACUGUCUAUGGGAACAUUCCAUUCAUUUGUGCCGUUAUUUUUACAUGUAUUUAUUUUUAUAUUAUUUUGGUAUGCUAGAAAUCUCAGACUAACCCGUCCAUAAUGAUGUUAUAUACGGUAAUGAAGUUAUACCAUAUUUGAUAUUUAUAAGUUAGUGACACUUUGUACCGUCCAUCAGUUGUUUUUAUAAAAAGAAACUACAUGAUAUUUUUACAUACUUUAAAUGAUUUGUCACACUUGAUGCUAUGACUAGAUUUGUUGAUGGUGAUUAUUUAUUAUUCAAGUUGAUUGAUUGUAUUGAAUGAAUUAUUGUAUAACUGUAACUGUUAUACUUAAAUUAAAGAAACAAAAUGAAGAUAGGAAUAAAUAAUAUGAUCACGCUC